UCAUAUGGAUGGGAGAUCUGAACACCACUGCUCAACUUUCCAAAGGAAUUUUAGCUUUUCAAACAUCAGAGACACUUGGGUGGCUCAAGCAGGAACAAGGCAUGCUAAGCUACUUUAUGAAAGAAACAGAGAUGACUGUUGAAAGCUUUCAAAAUUUACUGACUCUAGUCCCAUCCAAAGUGAUACACUUGUUUCAGAAUCUGAAGAACCUCACAGUAAAAGACUGUGGUUCAUUGAUUGAAGUGUUUGAAUCAGAAGGAGUAGGCAAAAAGAAGAGGCAUCGCAUGAUAACCUAUGAGCUAGAAGUCAUGAACUUGCAUUUUCUACCUAAGUUGAUUCACAUAUGGAAAAAUCAUGAAGAUAUUUUGGACUUCCAGAAGCUGAGAAUAUUGAAGGUUGAAUACUGUGGCAAUUUGAAGGGUAUACUGUCACCUUCUAUGGCCAAAAGUCUUGUCCAACUACAACACCUUCGUGUAUAUGGUUGUCAAAUGAUGGAGGAGAUAGUAAUGAAGGAAGCUGAAGAAUCUGGAGGAGCAAAUAAAGGUGAGAUAUUGUUUCCGUUGCUGAACAAGCUGGAGCUUCGUCACCUUCUUAAUCUCAAAUGUUUUUGCUCUGAAAGUGUAGACUUUGAACUUCCCUUCUGCGAAGAAAUGAUAAUUGAGAAAUGCCCAAAGAUGACGACCUUUUCCUAUGGAAAUGUAAACAUACCAAAGCUUUCUAAUAUAUACAAAGGAUCCUAUGAGUAUGUAGACAUCAUGGGAGACCUUAAUAUCACAAUCUCGUGCAGGAGAUUUGAAGGCAGCAUUUCAAAGAUCAAAUACAAUCAAUUGGAUUGAGCAAGAUGAAAUCCUACUAGGCUACAUAACAAGAGUAGCAGAACUGGUUGUUGAAGGUUGCGAGAAGCUGUUGAACUGUGUUCCGUCCAACAUACUACAUAGACUGCAACAUUUGAAACAGCUCAAGGUCCGAGAAUGUUGUUCACUGGUGGAGAUAUUUGAAUCAGAAGGAGUUGAAGCAACUGAAGAUAAAGAGCAUGCUAAUGCUAUGACAUCGUAUGAAUAUAAUCUGCAAGAAAUGCAUUUGUGCUCUCUACCCAAACUAAGGCACAUAUGGAAAAACCAUGGUGAAGUAGUCUUAGGUUUUCAUAAUCUUAGAAAGCUAAACAUCGGGUGUUGUGAUGGUUUAAGAAGAGUGUUCCCUCCUUCCAUCGCCAGGACCCUUGUGCAACUGCAAGAGCUAUCGGUUUAUGAAUGUGAGAUGAUAGAGGAGAUAGUCACAACAGAGAGGGGAGGAGAGUCCAACAAGGCCAAGAAGAUUGUAUUCCCAGAA